AUGGACUCCAUACCAAAAGACCAAGAAACGAAACAGAAAAUUGUAGAUAUCAUCAACCACCAAUUUGACUUGGAAAUAUACCUUAAACAAAGAGAAGUUGCCACUAUUCGAAAUGAAAUCAGCAAAGCAGAACAUGUGCUUCAAGACUUGAAAUUAGCUGUUGAAAAUGAGUCCAUGGCAGCAUCCUUGCCUGAAUCAGCACAUUAUACCCGCCGCUCUGCCAUGUAUUUUCAAGGUGGAUCACAAGCAUUACUACAGCAAUCAACCAGUUCAGUUGUACCUAGACGAAAGACAUAUCGCACAUCCGAAAAGAGCAAACUAUACGGCAGAAGAAAUGAUGGUGUUUUUGUGAGUCUGGCAUGUCCAGUGUGUUUCCGAGAUGACUUGUUGAACCUGCAGGGAUUUUUGAAUCAUUGUCGUAUCUCGCAUAAUUUAGAAUUUGGACCUUAUGAGCAAGUCAUGUUGCAAUGUGGCACACCCGUCGAUGAAUCGGAGGUGCCGCUGGAUAAUCCUGCUCGACUGCGGCCAGUGAUGAAUUUGACACCAUCAGCAUCAAAAUCACAAAAGAAGCUGGAACGCCCUUCCAUCAAAGUAUUCGAAGAAGAUGUUGACAUGGAACUGGAAAACGAGAGAAAGUCAUCCCAGAAAGCAGCAGCAGCAGCAGCAGCAGCAGCAGCAGUAGCAGCAGCAGCAGCAGUUGAAGAUCUAGAGACGAUGACCGCGAUAGAAACAAGUACGGGCUCUGUGAAGGAUGAGGAGGAGUCUAAUGUAAAUACACCCACUACUACCAACAAAGAACCAUCAACUACAGUGAUAGAAACGACUACAGAAACACCACCAAAAUUAAAUGUGCUAUCAGAUAAGGAGAAAGACAAGUCUCAAGAACCACCACCACCACCACCACCACCACCAAAGAUUGAAUCGUUUGCAGCAGCCAUGUCAUCUGGCACUACAUCUGAUAUUGGUUCUCGCUUUUACAUUAAACGACGCAUUCUCGUAGGCAAUGUGAGUAAAUUCAUAUCCCCAGAACGUCGAGAUCCUGCAUUAAAGCAAUUUACACACAAAUGGAUGAUUUACGUUGUCGAGCCACCACAAUCCAAACAGCCUGUGGGUGCAUUUAUCACCUGUGCUCGGUUUCAUUUGCAUCCCAGUUACAAGCCAAACGAUGUUGUGGAUGUCACAGAGGCACCGUUCAAACUGACUCGCUUUGGAUGGGGUGAGUUUCCCAUCAGAAUACAACUGUUCUUUGUGGAUAAGAAACGCAACAAGGCGGUGGAUUUGAUCCAUCAUUUGAAAUUGGAUAAUUCGCAUUCUGGAAAGCAGUUGCUGGGCGGUGAACGCAGUAUAGAGAUCGAGUUGGAUCGCAACACAGACUUCAAAGAUACCACCCUGUCGCCUGUGCCAACACCCACUCAGUCAGCGCCGCCACAGACAGCACCUCAACCCACGCCUCAAGAAACGAAACAAGAGACGCUAGAAGCCAUGGCUGUCAAGCAAAAGAUGAGCUUGCUGAAUGGCAUACUCAAGGAGUCUGUAAGGCGGCUGCCCAUUGUCAGAGCAGGAUCUCAUGGCACGGUGCUUCCUUACAGUUGCGCUACCAGUUCCAAGCAGUUUUUUGAAUGGUCUGUUGGCAAACGAAAAGCAUUGGAAUGGCACCGAGCUCGACUUUUGCGACUGGAAGCACAAAAGAGAGCACACGAAUCCAACGAGACUGUGCUGCGUCUUGCAUCGGAAGCGUUGACCACCAAAGAUGCCGUGUUAUGGUGCAAAAACAACAAGUACACGCCUACUCUGUCAGAUACCAUUGAAGAUGUACGCGCAUCUGAUCUUGCACCUGGCUAUUGUAAAUUUUGCGGCAGUGUUCGCGAUGGCCAUGAUGAAACCAUCGAUGAUCAUUGCCCGCGUAGACCCAAAGGUUGGAACAGCAGUCGAAAGCGAGGCGGCAUUAACAGCACCACCAGUGUCAGCAAGCUAUUGGGUACGCUGGAAGCAGGGUGGGAUCACGUGUUGAGUGAAAAGGAGGAUGAUGAUAUGGACAUUGAUGUGGAUAUGGACUACCAAGAUGUGGCUAGCAGCACAGCGCAAAACAACUGUCGAAAGGACAUGUUGCAGAGAAUAGAGUUGUGUGCAUUGGACGAGGAUAUUAUGGAUGUCGCUCAUGAACGCUCGCUCGACUGGAUAUGGUCUGUGGUAGGCCAGUUGCGACUCAAGAGCGUGAUUGCCAACGACAUGCUGCUGGCUAAAGAUGGCAACUUGCAAGGGCCUACUUCCAGUUUUGAUCUGGCUUCUGCCAUGAAGCAGCGUCUGGUGAUGGGCAAUAUCUUGGCACAGGCCACGCGUGUCUUUUUGAAGAAACUCGUUCAAGACACUGUAAAUACAUGUCGCAAAGAGGAAGAGGGGUCAGCAGAUAAAUCAAUCAAGAUGAUGGUGCCAUAUCACGUUUACCAGGCAGCACAACGAAAUGAGGCAUUUGACUUUUUGACCAAUCAAUACAUGGGGCCUGAAGAGUAG